AUCCAGCGUAACUUGAACAUACCACAAGUCAUAUUUCCGGUUUCCACGCUGGGGGAAGUGGGAGUUUACGGGAGUCACCUCAACGUAGCACAACAUUACCAGCACUCCAGCGGCUGAAAAGAGACAAGAUGCAGACUAUAAAGUGUGUGGUGGUGGGUGAUGGUGCGGUGGGAAAGACUUGCCUGCUCAUCUCCUACACCACCAACAAGUUUCCCUCUGAAUACGUCCCCACGGUUUUUGAUAACUAUGCAGUGACGGUGAUGAUCGGCGGGGAGCCUUACACUCUGGGACUGUUUGACACUGCAGGUCAGGAGGACUACGACAGGCUGCGACCCCUCAGCUACCCUCAGACCGACGUCUUCCUCGUCUGUUUCUCUGUCGUAUCGCCUUCCUCUUUUGAGAAUGUCCGAGAGAAGUGGGUGCCAGAGAUUUCCCACCACUGCCCGCGGACGCCCUUCCUGCUGGUCGGGACUCAGGUGGAUCUGAGAGACGACAGCAACACUCUGGAGAAACUGGCCAAGAACAAGCAGCGAGCUCUGACCUGUGAGAGCGGAGAGAAACUGGCCCGUGAGCUGAAGGCCGUCAAAUAUGUGGAGUGUUCAGCUCUUACACAGAGGGGACUGAAGAACGUGUUUGACGAGGCCAUCCUGGCAGCUCUGGAGCCUCCAGACAACAAACCCAAGAAGCGCUGCGUCCUGCUAUAGACGCCACAAGAGGAGGAGGAGGUGGAGGUGGACGGAGGGAAGAGCUGAGGGAGGCAGUACCGAGAGGAGGGGGAGGGAUGUGGAGGUGGACGAGGUAGACACACGUUUAAACAGUGCCUUCAGCCGUAGUGACUUAACGUGGGUGUGGUGUUGGAAGAGGCGGGGUCUCGACAGGAUUAAUUUUCAUCAUAGAUACGUGUCAAUUAUAAUAUGACUAACACAUGUGAACAACACUCCUCGCUAAUCAGGAAACGGGGCUUUAAUAAUAGGAGGAGGCAGGUUGAGCAAUAGAGAGGGUUGCACCUCAAGACGCCUUUUUAAAGAUACAAACAGUGGAUGGAGUCACGGUUACAGCUCAAACUACCAACCACCUUCUCAAAAGAUUUCUACUCGAGUCACAAGUCGUAAAAUUUAAGAAUUGUAUCAAAUGUCUUUGGUCAGUUUACGCAGUUGUAGGUGCCGAUUUUUUACAUUUCUUCAAAUGUUUGGUGAAGCUGAUCUUCUGUCUCCUGCAGAGCUUUGGACAUUUACUCGGACAAACUUUUGAAAUUGAGCUGACGGUUAAAAAAAAUGAUUAUUUAAAAAUGUAAAAUAUGUAAGAUCCAGAAUCGGUGUCCUUUUUAAUCUUUCUUUGGUCCAAAAGCAGGUUGCAUUUGGAUAAUAAAGUCAAGUAAAAACAGUGCAGUAUUAACGAUGUGUUUCCACCAGUCUGAUUUAAAACAACGAGAGGAGGAGCAGCUGGACCAGAAAUAGACGCAUUCCUCCAGCAAAAGUAAUGUUUUUAAUUUAAAGAGACAUAAAAAAAAAACCAUGAGCCAGUUGGUGAGCAACACGCCCUGCAGCUUCAGUGGACCAUCGGGGCUCAACAGUCAUGUUUCCUGCUGGAUUUUGAGAGUGUUGUUGCUAUAACAAAGAAAACCACACGAGUGGUGAGUGUAACCUGACUUCAUCCAUGAAGAGACUCAGAUUGCUUAGAGCGGAGCCGGCUAAUUAGAGUUUCUGUAGAGCUUCACUGGCUCCUGCUUUGCAGUCUAAAAGACGAUGUUCACACACACGCACGCACACACACGCAUUAGUUAAUGAUGUCAACUUGCAUACUUGAAAUGAUGAUUUAGAGAAGUGUAAUUUGUUCAGAAAUGAAACCUUUGAAUUAAAAACAUAGAAAGGUUGAGUUUCAUUAAACACAUUUCAAGUCACAGGGUUUUCACUUUGAAUAUGUUAGUGUUCAGCAAACACAUUACACAUUUGCACAUGAUAAUAGUUUUUAUUGCCAUUGUGACCUUUCUUUGCCGUCACGCUGCCGUUCCUCUCUCCUGCCGGCUCACUGUGGACAUCCUGAACUCUCCAUUCAUUAAGUUUGGCUGUAACUGAAAACUCUUUAAAACUGCAUACCACCUUAAUACACAGUAUUAAAGGUGUUUACAUAUCGAAUUUUUACAUCAAUAAAUCAAUACUACAUUCAUUUUUGAGACAAUUAUGAUGUUUACUGCAAACAACCGGACCGUCGCAGAAGAGUGUCGGCCUCAGUGAUUUCUAUUUUGUGACGCAGCCGGUCAGAUUUUGAUCUCUUUAUGGCACGAAACAGGAAAUAAAUAAAACGGAGCUAUGGUUGUCAGGUUUUCUGAUGAUGAAGAUGAGUGAAAGCCCAGAUUUAGGCUCAUGGCUUUAUGUUGCACAAAAAUAAAACCUAGAAACGCCUUAAUAUUACUGCAGCGUCGAUGCCAGACUUCUUUUUUUAUUCAAUUGUUUGUGUGUGUAUUGAAACUUCCUGUAGAAAUGCCUUAAAAUAUUUCCUUUCCUGCUCGAAAACAUUGCUGCCUUAUUGCUUAAAGCCAGUAAAAUCCUAAAAAGUCACAUUUUCUCGUCGGGGAAAUGUAACGAAAUCUACAAAUGGCAACGAGCCCUUCAUCGUCACAUGGCUUCCUAAUGUUUGUGAACAAGGCAACAAAUGAAAACAGUCUUAUCAUUUGUAUCUGUGUGGACUAAACAUGUUGAUAUAAUGUUAAAUGGGAUCUAAACUUUCAUGCCUAAUGCCGUUGGUAGUAGACGUGACUAAAGAGCAACACAUUUCACACAUGACCUCCUCGCAUAAUGUCCGCUCUGCUUCGCUCCCCUUCGGGCCUGACCGGAACCUCAAGUGCUCGUUUGGCGUGUUAGCACCUCCCGAAGGCCUUAAAGGGGAUUACAGCUCAAUUUAAAGGUUCAUCUGUGUUGUUACUUUGACCAGCAGCAGAAUAAUUCCGUGUUUUUGGGCAUCAAACAAUCUCCACUGAAGCCAGAGGUCGGAUCAGUUGGACUUGAACCUAUAAGAUGAUCAGUUAUACCAUCGGGCAUCUUUAAGCAGCUACACACACACGAUAAGUGUUGGAGUUGCAUAGAACUGUCGUUUGAGAACUUUUGCCCAAAUAUUAGCGUUGUUUUAUGUUGCUAAAUGAUAUGUAAUAAACAAAAACGCUUGACUGGCAUACAGGUGGAAUGAUUGAUGAUCAUAUUUGUGUGUAACAGAUUCAAGGUUCUGGUUGAGUCUUUAAUGCUCUCAAAAACUGAUUGUCCUGGGCCAAAAGAAAUAACCAUUUCCAUCCUUAAACUGAGAAUAUUCCUCAUUAAAAUGGACUAAUAUUCCACUUCCCUUACUUUCCUUUCACUGUUUUGGAGAUGACAGUUUAUUCUGAUAAUGUAUGGAUGAUUACAAGUAUUAUAUAUAUUUUUCUUUGCUCCUUAUUGUUUCUUGGGGAACAUUAUUUUAGCCGUUUUUGUGGAGUUUUUUUAUUUCUUUUCUUUUUAGAUAUUUUUACCUGACGGUUGAGUGCCAACGGUUUGAGAGAGUACCACAAACUAAACAAUCCUCAUAAUAAGCUUCUACUCGCAGGAGAAGAAAACAUAACGGCUGAAGCAAUAAUUACAGAUGUGGAGAACUGCUCUGUAUGGAAAGAUGAAUGUUGGAACUGUUGGGUGUUUGGAAAUAAUAAAAACAGUACUUGAAAUGUU